AUGCAUGGUAAGCCCACUUUCGUAAGCUUGCUGCAGGAUCGAAAUGCGGCCUUCGAAGAAACUAAACAGUUUGCUUUGCAAUCACUAGCAAGUGUGGCUUAUCAGAUAAAUACUCUUGCAAGGGAUCUGUUGGACAUGCUGGAUUUGCAAACUGAUAAGAUUUCGAGCCUUACUGGGCAAGUGGACAAUAUCGAUGUGGUUGUCAACAUCCACGAGGAGAAGCUUGCGCGACGUGAAAUUGGAGCCCUCACAACGAACAAGUCGCUGCAAAAGCAACCAAAAAUCAUUGCUCCUGCAACACAGGAACCUGUCCAACGAUAUAAACGUACUCCUAUAGAUUUCUCUGUACUGGAUGGCAUUGGUCAUGGUGUACGCGUCGAGGCAUGUUCCAUAUCAAAGUCGAGCAGGCUUGAUUUCUCGCGCAAUUACGCUCAGUAUGAACGGACAGCUAAUAUCGGAACCAAUACGGUAGGAACCUUACGAUUACAUCAGUCACAAGUUCCACGCGCCUCUAUGGUUGAUGGGGGAAGCGUACUUAGCGAAGAAAGGCCGGAUUCUCCAGGUUUCCCGUUACCGCUACCCCAGCUUAGCUCAAAUUAUGGAUGUAUCGGCAUGACAAGAGCGAAAGAGCUUCCUCCUCCCGCUAUGCAAAUGUUGAACUCAACCCAUGAAGAUGAACUUCUUCCGCCACCUCCACACUCACAGGCCAAUUUCUUCGACGCACAAGCUGACUGGAUUCCUCGAAAUUACAUAGAAAAAGCUGUUGCACUGUACGAUUAUGAUGCUGACAAACCGGAUGAGCUUUCACUACGGGAAAAUUGCAUCGUCUAUGUACUUCGAAAAAACGAUGAUGGAUGGUUCGAAGGAGUUUUGGAUGGAGUCGUUGCUGUUGCGGUUAUCGUUCCAACACGGCUAAAUGCAAGGACAAUUUACAAAUUAGUUGAGUAUGACAAAAAUUGUCCCAAAAACGAGGAAUGGGCGGAUUGCAAGAACUUUUGUAUUCCCGAUUGCACUAAUCCGCGACCGCCUGGAUGUCAAUGCAAGAAAGGCUUCAUCAUAUCUAGUGCUGGAUGCGUUCGCGAUUGUUCUCAAGAAAAUUGCCCUCGUCCAAAUGAAAUUCGAUCGAAGUGUAUCCCAAGGCCAGAAUGUCAGCGCACUUGCUUCCCACCUUCGAGUGAACAACCUGAUUCAAUUCAACUCAUAAGACCAUUUAACUUAACGCACAUUUGUGAGAAUGAACCUUGCAUUCCUUUUGAAUGUGAAUGCCAGAAAGGUUACAUUCGUCUCCACAACACGCGAGGAAAAGACAGAUGCAUUCCUUUUGCGACUUGCAAAAAACUGAAAGAUCAGUAUGGAUUCUCUUUGCCAUCUGGAUUUGACGUCACAGUUCUGAACAACAACUGA